AUGAUUACUCCUAAAAAAAAUAGUGGUGUUACCUGCUUUGAAUUUUACACACAAGCGACUUUUUUUUUCUUGUUACGGCCAAUAUAUACUAAUAAUCAAUUGUAUAAUGACAUUUCUUUUUCUACAAUCAUUAUUUAUCAAAUUCAUAUCCAUCUAUCUAUUUUCAAAUUUCGGUCAUUUUAUUCUUCUUCACUUAUGUCUUGUAAAUAUAAUUCUUUAUUCUUUCUAUAA